CCAAACCCCAAAAAAAAAAUGAUAUAAAAAAUAAAACAAGGAAAACAAUAAUAAGAAAGGAAAGAAGAAGGAAGAGACAGAAGAGAAAGAGAAGGGUCCAAUUGUUUGUUUGGGAAAGAAAACAUCUUUUAGGAAAAGGAAAACAAAACACACUUGAUUCUCAAGUUGUUAAUUAAUGGGACCUCUCUAACUAUAAUUCUUCUACCUUGUAUUGUAUUUUGAGUUUAUGUUUAUCAUUAUCAUAGUUGAAUUGAAAACAAAUGGGUAGUGAUAAUAGAGCUAUCACCAACCACUCUUCACAUCUUCCUAAUUUUACGUUCACUCCCUCUUUUCACUUGCGAUCAAAGUCUGAGUCACCAUCAUCAUCACCAUCUUCUUCAUCCUUAUCGAUCUCUUCAUUACCAUGAUCCUCUGCCCCACUUUUCCUAUUGGAUCUGAAUCGUACUCUCGCAGAUCCACCUCCAAUCUUCACCACUUUUACGCUCUUUCUCAUGGACCCUGCUGCUUCUCGUCCUGCUGUAGUAAUCGACAAUGGCUCCGGGUAUACGAAGAUGGGGUUUGCUGGUAAUGUUGAACCCUGUUUUAUUGUUCCAACAGUGGUUGCAAUUAACGAGUCGUUUCUGAAUCAAUCGAGGAGUUCUUCUAAGGGAAAUUGGGUUGCACAACAUAAUGCAGGAGUUAUGGCUGAUCUUGAUUUCUUUAUUGGAGAUGAUGCACUUUCAAAGUCUCGAUCUAGCAGCACUUAUAAUCUCACUUACCCGAUUCGGCAUGGUCAGGUUGAUAACUGGGAUGCCAUGGAGCGAUUUUGGCAGCAGUGUAUAUUCAAUUAUUUGAGGUGUGAUCCCGAGGAUCAUUAUUUUCUCUUGACUGAGAGUCCGUUGACAGCCCCCGAGAGUCGUGAGUAUACUGGCGAAAUCAUGUUUGAGACUUUUAAUGUGCCUGGACUUUACAUUGCUGUGAAUUCUGUGCUUGCUCUGGCUGCUGGUUACACAACGUCUAAGUGUGAGAUGACAGGAGUUGUAGUUGAUAUUGGAGACGGGGCUACACAUGUUGUACCAGUUGCGGAUGGUUAUGUUAUUGGAAGUAGCAUCAAAUCGGUUCCUAUUGCUGGAAAGGAUGUUACUCUUUUUGUCCAGCAGCUAAUGCGGGAAAGAGGGGAGAAUGUACCCCCAGAAGACUCUUUUGAAGUGGCUCGGAAAGUGAAAGAAAUGCAUUGCUACACCUGCUCUGACAUAGUGAAGGAAUAUAAUAAGCAUGACAAAGAACCAGCCAAGUAUAUCAAGCAAUGGCGAGGUGUUAAACCAAAGACUGGGGCUCCAUAUUCUUGUGAUAUUGGCUAUGAACGCUUUCUUGGCCCCGAGGUUUUCUUUAAUCCUGAAAUAUAUAGCAGCGACUUUUCCACUCCUUUGCCAGUUGUAAUAGACAAGUGCAUUCAGUCUGCACCAAUUGACACAAGGAGAUCACUAUAUAAGAAUAUAGUGCUGUCAGGAGGAUCAACAAUGUUCAAGGAUUUUCACAGGAGAUUGCAACGUGAUCUAAAGAAAAUCGUGGAUGCUCGUGUCCUUGCAGCUGAAGCGCGCCUAAAUGGGGAGAUAAAAUCACAUCCAGUGGAAGUCAAUGUAGUCAGCCAUCCUAUCCAAAAAUUUGCCGUUUGGUUUGGAGGAUCAGUGCUUGCAUCAACACCUGAAUUUUUUACGGCUUGUCAUACAAAGGCAGAAUAUGAAGAAUAUGGAGCAAGCAUUUGCCGCACAAAUCCUGUUUUCAAGGGGAUGUAUUAAAGAAAAGAUGAAUUAGCUAGCUGAUCAUGGAUGCUGUCUCUUCUCUUGAUAUAUAUAAAAAAA